CAGUUGUUGAGCUACUCCAAAACGGGAGAAUUUUGCUGUCUCAGGUAAUAGCAGAGAAUUAAGUUAUCUGCUGUGUUAUCUUCCGUUCAUCAUGGAGGAAACCAAGAAGACUCGUGUCCAGAUGCCCAAAAGAAGGCAAAAACCAGUGAAGACCCAGUGGAAUGCCCAGUGCGUCCUUCUCACCUACUUCCAAGGGGACAUCGGCAGCGUGGUGGACGAGCACUUCUCCAGAGCUCUGAGCAAGCUCAAGAGGCCACAGGGAUGGAGUUCCUCCAGACACGGUGAAAAUGUGGUCCUCAGGAAUGAUAACAGCAUGCCCCCGAAUCAGUGGCAUCUCACGCCUUCCUGGACAAAACCACAGCCAGAAGCAUCUCUAGCAAAUGGCGCCAGCAGCAGCCACAGCUUGGAUGAAUGUGGUCCUAAGGCUCUAGAUCAGAAUCCGCUGUCUGUUCCCAAGACCCCCUCUGCACAUCCUCAAGAGAUGUGGCAUUUUUCCUCUCUAGCGAGGCCAGACUUCCUAGAGCCUGCCUACUUUCGCAUGUUCUCCAACAGGCCUCCGGCUCCAGCGGUCUACCCUGACGGGAGACGCGGGUCCCUCCUACAUUUACUCCAGCAGGAUAGAUACCUAAACCGUCCUCUGGAACCUGCCGCCAGGGAGAACUGCAAUCCCGCCAAGACAGCUGGAAGCUCCUGCCUGCACGGGAACCUGCCUCUCAGCUCAGAGCACUAUAAGAAAAUCUAUGGCCAUGAAUCUGCUCAUCCCAGUUUUGGCAAUGAAACAACCAUUCCUGAUGGCAGGGGUUUUCAAACAGAAGCAAAUCCUCAGCCUAUAAAAUGUCGCAAAGAGCUGUUGUGGGGUGGAAUGCGCAGAGAUCCACCUGCUGGCCGUUGUUCCUCCUCACUGUGUCCUCUGCCCUCUGCCUUAGAAGCCAUGAGCUCUCUGCUUCGCAAGCAGUGUCCUUAA